AUCUGGCAUUUCUUCAGAACAAACACGACAAUCAGUUCUACAAUACCACGGAGAAAAUCAAGUUCUGAAACAAGGGAAUAUUUCACUGUGUGCGUGAUAUGGCUGCAAGUGGAACCCGGUAGAAUGCAACUCUUAUUUUUUGAUACAUUUUCUCAUGAUUCUGCCUCAUGUAGUGAUUUAAACCUUGAUCUUGUUCAAUUCCCCAGCCCCGUCUAUGUCAAGGAGGUACGUGUGGUUCCCCUCGGAGCCAGGGUCAGUGCUAACUUCCCUGGUGGAGUUCGACUCGGUGCAACCAAUCCAACAAAAUUCGAUCUCGAAUUCUUCGUGAAUAACCUUCGAGCCCCGGGUGCCAGUACAUUUGAAAGCAUCGGUGUGCUGAAAUACAGUCAGAAUGAUGCGAUAUCGAUGGUUUCCUCUAAAACGGUUGCCACCGAUGGUUUGGUUUUGCGAGGACACUACUCCACCAUAACUCUGGCCGUUUAUGGUGUUCUAUCAGAUGCUUCCCAUGACCAGCUGGCCAGACAGGCAAAUUCGCAAACACAAAACAGUAAAAAUCCUCUUGAUAUCAGAGUGAAAGAGGAGCCGGUUCGACCUCCCGAGUCCCCGAUACCGGAUGGUAAUGGUCGAACUAUCGGUGAAAGCUAUGCUGCGACCUGGACGGCUAAGCAUAGUGAGGAAGCGCUUAAAGCUGAACCGCCUGAAGAAUGGCUUUCCCACGAAGGUGGAUGGAAUCAGACUAUUAAAGUAGAAACUGAUCUUGAGGCAACUCGAAGUAAAAAUAUCAAGGAAGAAGAUAAAGGACCCGAGUAUAAAGAAAAUAAUAAUCUAAACUUGAGUAAAGUGAAAAAAGAAGUAGUAAACCAAUAUGGAGAUGGUUUAACAGAAUACAGGAGUAAGGUUGAAGUAUCCAGGUAUAGAUCUGGAUCUAGAAGUCCUGGAUACAGAUCUCCAGGAUAUCCUCUGACUAUCAGGUCUCGGGACGUGUCACUUGAUCGUGAUCGAUACCGUUCCCGAUCCCGAGAUGGAUCACGUGAUCGAUUGAAAUCCCGCGAAGGAUCGCAUGAAAGUUAUCCACGGCGAUCAUAUGAGAACUCGUUGAAGGGCACUUUCAGACCCAGAUCCAGAAAUCAUUCAAGAGAUCGAUACAGAGAGUCAGCAGAGAGAGAGAAAUAUCCUAUCUCAGUUCGAGCUCAUUCUCCCGGUAUCCGUUCUCCAGCUCGUAAACACACUCCCUCCCGACCCAACUCAUCCUCUCGUCCUCUCACCCCUGCUCUUCCUAGAACUAGAUCAAGGACUCCUAGAGGAUAUAGAUCGCCUAAACUUGAUUUAACUCCGCCCUACCGCCGUGAUGUAUCUAGAGAUUAUUCUCCGGCGGGUCGAGCCUCCGCCGCGAGAUCACUAGCUCGGGAGGUGUCCCCCCGAGUGCUGGGCGGACGAGACUAUGGUCGUGAUAGAUCUCCUAGAGGGAGAAGUUACUCUAGGGAUAGAUCUCCCCGUCCAAGGGACUACUCAAGAGACUGUUCACCUCGUGCUAGGGGUUAUUCAAGGGAUGGUUCUCCACGGGAGUAUGACAAGAAUUCCCAUCAUUCAUCCGGGAGUAGAAGACAUCAUUCCCCCAGGCGAUCUCAUUCUCCUCGCAACCUACAUUCCGUCUCACCUCGCCGACGAUCAUUAACUCCAAGAAAAAACCGAUCAUUAUCCCCACGUUACGGUCCUCACCGAUCAAGAAGUAGAUCUCCAUUUAAUCGGCGAUCUCGAUCCCCAGAUCGUUGGGGGAAACGUCCCUUCUCCCCCCGAUACUCCAGAUCUCCGGCUCCCCACCCUCCUGGCUCCAGGAAUGGGUUCAGAGAGACCUCUCCUCCUCCAGCAGUCCAUCAGCCCGCCGCAGGUCCAGUACUAGACUCAGAGAUCUUAGACAAUGUAUCUGAUAUAUCGGAAGGAGAUAUCCCAGACCUGCCAGAGCCGGAGCCAGAGGAGCAAACGGAGGUCGUCGGUCAGACCUCAAUCACAAGAACAUACAUUUCAAGGGAGGAUAUAGAGGAGAUAUCGGAUGAGGAGGCGGAGUGGUCGGAUGAUUUUGAACCUCUGGGGUUCAGUGACUCCGAGUUCGAUCUUGAGACGGAGACAGUAAACCCUGUGAAAGUUUUUAAUCCUCUUGAGGCUGAAUUAAAACCGCUUCUUGUUCUUACUUCUCCCGCCGACUAUAUUUAUCCCAACAGGGUUAGAAACCUCCCCGCAUCCAAGGAAUGGAAUGAAGGAGUGUUGAACCUUGUGAGUAAACUUGAUACUAUCUCUGAGAUCGAUGAACGGUGGAUUGAAUUGUUGGAACAACUGACAGGACAGCUACAGGAGGAGCCUGGCUGCUCUAUAGAUGUGUCAAUACAUCCGGCAGUUAUCCGUAUAGCAUGUCUUGGUUUAAACUACAAUGUAGCUCUUCAACAGUCUAGGCCGGCAAAUAAACUCCGCCACAUCAAAUCUGGAACAAAGUUUGUUCUAGAACUAAUGGAGGUCAGUGAACAAGUAAUGAGAGAACUUCUGGACUCCGGAGUUAUCUCUAAACUAUGGAGUCUCUUUGUUCAACAGUUUAUGACAAUACCUGGAAAACUAUUAAUCCUCCGGGUCAUAGAUAGAACUUUAGACUCUAACCAGGGCAUGGAGCAGGUUGUAAUGAACAAUGGAUCAGGUUCCUUGUAUCAGGAAAUAGUAGAAAUCCUCGCCAAAAAUGAGAGCACAAGAACUAAGUUUGCUUUGUCCAGUCUAGUUAAUAAGAUACAUCUGUACGAGCUAGUUCUCGAACUUAAAGAGCUCAGCUCUUCUUUACAGGACGGACAGGUCUUCUCCGCUCUAGAAUCAGGGAUUAAAGAGCUAGGACGAAUUUACUCCAACCUUGAGUCUAUCUCGCAUCCCUCUAGAUAUCUACCCUGCGGGAGAAGGUUUAAUAUGGACCAGGAUAUAUUUAACCGACCGGAGCGGGGGUUUUUCAGUUUAAUGGCGACACAGGAGGUAAUAUCACUUCUGUCCAGUAUACUGGAAGUUGCAAGGGCAGAUGUCAACCUUACUUCCUGUAUCUACGAACUUUUACAUCAAUGGGUCAACUCACUUCCAGGAUUAUUGUUUCUUUCAAGUCAAACCAUAGAAACGAACAGAUUAAUAUCAGUUUUCUUACGGACUAACUUCUCCGAACCCAACCCCUCCCCCUCCUCUCCCUUCUCCCCCCAAGCUAUGGACACCAGUGUGACCCUCCCUCUUGCUAACGGAAUUGAUAGUAAACCAAAUCUGAUCAAUUCCUCGGCCAAACAUUGUGGUUUGACCCUGGUUCACAGGAUACACGCUGUACAGUGUAUAGAUAACCUCAGAUUUGAAGAGGACGGAUCAGAGGACAGACGAGGGAUGGAAACCUCUCGUAUCCUCGAGGUUAUCCAGGUACUCUACGGUAUGACCCUGACAGGACGAGGACUAGAGGCUGUUGUGCAUGUCCUCUGUCUGGGAGACAAUAUUGAAACCGUCCUCGUCCUGACCAACCACUCCACCAUGGAUGGACAGAAGGACAUGAAGAAGUCGGCUGUCCGAGGUUAUGCUAACGAGCUGCUUCUCCUCUGUGUUCGUCUCUCAGAGAACAUGGACUUCCUCUCUAAGUACGCUAAGGUUCUACUUGAUCUUGGUAAACAUGACGAGCACAGUAAACUAUCUGAACUGGUGAACUGGACCCGGCUCUGCGGGGAGCAGGAGUCCAUCACAGUGGACUGUAUCCCGGCCUUGCUGGACUCCAUCAAGAAGAAUGUAGAGAGUUCAAGUCACGUGUCCCAGGAGGUGAUUACGUGUCUCAGGAUCCUUGCACAUCUAACCAUCCCACAGUAUCCAAACAGGAUGAGAGGGAUGAAGAACGGGUUGAGCUCCGACCUGAAGUACCACUACGCCUGCCUCCUCCUCUACUCUAGGGAGGGAGUACAGUGCCUAGUUUCUCUCCUAGAUAAACUAUGUGAAGAGCAUUCACAACCUGCCCUACAUACUGCUACACUGGUUGGGACUAAGGGGGGGCUUAUACUUGCUCUUCUCAAACCUACUCUAGCCAUACUCAACAAUCUUCUAGACCUUGUGAUAUCUGCGCGUGGAUCAGACUACCAUGACGUGACUCCCCUGGGAACCCUGAUACGAUGUUAUACUCUCCUAGCUGUAGUACCAGCAUCAUCUGCCCAUUAUUUACAGGCAAAGGAAUGCUCAGAAGAUAUUGUGGAAACUCUUCUUUCAUUCACAAAACCUACACUCAGUCCAGAUAAGGAUGAUAUAUCAAAGUCGCUGUGGACUGAGAUGCUCCGUGAAGUAUUAAGUCACGUGAUCAAGUCUCCUUGUUUCUAUAUACCAGGCUUAAGUCUUGUAUCCAAACUACUCCCACUACCUCUACCCAUGCCUUCACCACGCCCUCUCUCCGAGGAGGAAAAUCGUGUGGUCUUAAACUCGAGGAAGCUAUGGUCCGCCCACCUGCACCCUUUGCAGGAGGAACUAGGACGACUAGUUGAACAAGUUGUAGGAGUUGCAUAUCCUCCACUACUCCAGUUGGUGAAACAAGUUUGUGAACAACUUGUAGGACUAGCUCCACCAGUAGCAGUUUGUAUACUCCAGGGUGUGGUGAGAAUCUGUACUAGUGCUCUGCAGAGUAAAGCAAUGAUUGUGUCCGGUAGAAAUAUGAAUUUUCUCAGUUGGAUCUCCUCUCUACCUCAUGUUCUGAGUGUGAUAUACUCCCAGCUGCAGGAGGAGAGUUUUAGAACAGAGUUAUCAAGAACUCUUGAACUCUGCUUUACUCAGGGUUCAGAUGUUUGCCAAGAGUCCGCCAUUUCAGUUAUACAGAGCCUCUGUGAUCCAACGAUUAGUUUAAGAACUAAACCUUUAGGAAGUGUUGAGGGUUGGGAUCAGUAUUUAUCUGACUCACUUCCUGAUGGAAACUCACUUCUUGAACUCGUCAGAGUUCUACUCAACCCGUACACAUUCGAGCUCAAGACUAAUCAUUCAAUCCAGCUCUUGAGCAUCCGGACGUUUAAAAUGUUUACAAGAAACGGUCAUAGUUUUAGUAGGCUUAAACUUUGUCUUAAUACUAAGCAUCGGACGCUUUUUUCCUUUCUGCGGAACCUCGCCACGGAUUUUGAUCCCGGUGAUCCCGUGUACGUAGAUUGUUUGACCGAGACGGUGGAGUUUCUCCGUAUGCUGGUUGUACCUGGAGCAGAGCAGGACGGAUUUCCUGCUCGGAUUCAGGUUCUAUCCGUCCCGGAGCUAGCCUGGCUUCUUCAGUACAAUAUACCUCAGGAAUCUGAGGAGGAAGGAGAUGAGAGAAAGAAAGAACAUCCUCUUAAACUCAUCCAGAACAGUAUAAAGGAUCAUUUUGAGGCCUAUCCAAAUCUGAACCAAACAAAGUUUGAGCUGGAGGCGCUAAUGGAGCAGCUGGAGAAUAUUGAGGUUGGAGGGCCUGGAGUUGAAGGAUUGGAGGUAGAGGAGGAGGAAUCCAUCCUUCCUUCUCCUACUCCUCUACUCACACAGUGGGACUGGAGACAGGUUACAGUACACCCGGAGCAGACAGUUCAUCUUACUCAGGAAUACUGGUUCGGUCUGCACUCGUCCUCAACUGACACGGGUUUGGUGGAUGAGAGAGAAGAGACGGAUCUACUGGAUCUAAACUCUAGGUACCUCCCGGAACUGAACCUGGUUCAGGAGUGCCUGGAGGUAUGUAAGGAGUCAAGCCUAGCUCUAGAACGGAAGAAGAAGGUGAAGAAGUCUGCUCUUGAGACUAAAGCUAUCUACAACAAAAGUAUCAUCUCAAACUUCAAGAGUGGAGGACAGAUUAAUCUUAGAACUCAACGGUUUAACCGAGGUACUUUCACUCGUCCCGACCCAUUUAGAACUCGUCCGCCGAACACAAGUCGUCCACCAUCCCUCCAUGUGGACGACUUUUUAGUGUUAGAAUUGAAAGGUCAGCAGCCGACCGGUCCAACCGGGUACAACAAACAGUCCAUCAAGGCCGCAAAGGAAUUGUUUGCGCAGCGCGAAGCUGCCGCAGCUCUUAAACCACCUUCACAGCUUAGAGAAGCAACCAGGGAGCCUGUUCUCCCGCCCCCUUUCAGAGGGCGUGGCAGAGGACAGGAUAGGGGGCGGGGGUUUAGGGGUAACGGACAAAGAGCCGGUUUUCGGAGGGAUUCCCGGGGUUGGAGUCCUGAAGGAUAUAGGACUAGUGAACCUAGGGACCUGGGUAGGGAGGCUAGGCCUGGACCUAGGGAGGAUCGGAGGUUUAGAGGCCGGGGGGAACGACGCGGAUGGGAGCGUGGAGGCCGAGGAAGGGAUAAGUUUGGAGGACGUGGAGGGAAGGAUAGGGAUGAGAGGCCGAGGCAUGGAAGGAACUUCACAAGAUAAAUCUGAUGCAUUUUCAAAUCUUUCGAAACCUUUAUAUAGUUAAAAUGACAGAUUAAAGAUGAGAAAAUAUAUUAUGUGCAAACCAUA